CUGAGCUGGCCAGCUGGCGGUGCCCCUGGCAGUCUCUGGGACGGACGGGGCUGGGAGUGGCAGGAGACCAGGCUUUGGCAGGAUCAGCGUUGAAGAGCUCACAAGUCGAUAAGGAAUGGGAUCAAAAUCUUAGGGAAAGCAGACUCCAGGAGGGUGAAGACAUAGGGGAUGGCUGUGAUGAAUGACCUGUCUUCUCUAACCACGUUGGAAGGAGAUGGUGAGGAUGGCGACUCUGGAGCAGGCGGUGGCUGCUAUUGUGUGCACCUUCCAGGAAUAUUCAGGGCCCUGUGGAGACAUAAAGCUCUGCCAGGCAGAGCUCAAGGAACUGCUAGAGAAGGAGCUGCCCACCUGGACCCCGACAGAGCUUUGGGAGUGUGACCACAAUAAGUUCAUGAGUGUCCUGGACACCAGCAAGGAUUGCGAGGUGGACUUUGUGGAGUACACGUGCCUGCUUGCCUGCCUCUGCGCCUGCUGCCACGAGUACUUCAAGGACUGCGCCCUGGGCCCCCACUGCUCCCAGUAAUGGGCGGGGCUGCCAUCGGAGGAUCCUGACUGCCGGCAUGACGUGCCCCCUGGAGAAGGCCCUCGAUGUGAUGGUGUCCACCUUCCACAAGUACUCAGGCAAGGAGGGUGACAAGUUCAAGCUCAACAAGUCUGAGCUAAAGGAGCUGUUGACCCGGGAGCUGCCCAGCUUCUUGGGG